AUGUCUUCCGAAAUUCCUCUGUACGAUAUUGUCAUCAUCGGUGCUGGCCCUGUAGGGCUACUGCUCUCAGUUUGCCUGUCAAGAUGGGGUUAUAAGGUCAAGCAUAUCGAUAACCGACCGGUACCAACUGCUACCGGAAGAGCAGAUGGUAUUCAACCCAGGUCAAUCGAAAUUCUAAAGAACUUGGGACUGAAAUCCAAGAUUUUCGCUCAUCAUCCCGCCAGAGUGCACGAAGUAGCCUUCUGGGAUCCUGCUCCUGAAGGCAAGAUCCGACGAACUGGCACCUGGGCAAGUUGCCCCGAGUUUCUCGAUGGCCGUUACCCGUUCACAGCACUUCUCCAUCAAGGAUUGAUCGAAAGAGUUCUGAUUGAGGAUAUCGAGAAGAACGGAACGAUAGUGCAACGACCUUGGACGAUCACCGGUUUUGCCACCAACCAUGCAAAUCCAGACUAUCCGGUCGAAGUCGAACUCAAGAACAUUGAUAGCAAUGUUUCAGAGAUUGUCCGCGCGAAAUAUCUUUAUAGCGGAGAGGGCGCACGAUCCUUUGUGCGAGAGCAAUUGGGUGUUCAGAUUCGACACCUGGAUCCCAUCUCCUAUGUUUGGGGUGUCAUGGAUGGUGUGGUCCGCACCAACUUCCCUGACAUCAAGAUGAAAUGUACCAUUCACUCCGACCAUGGUAGCAUCAUGGUUAUUCCCCGAGAGAACAACAUGGUCAGACUUUACAUCCAGAUCGCGAGCUCCACAGAUCCCGAUUUCAAUCCCAGAAAAACCGCAACUGUAGCUGAAGUGCAAGCAGCUGCCAAGAAGAUUCUCGCACCUUACUAUCUCACCUGGGAUCGAGUCGAGUGGUAUUCGGUCUACCCCAUCGGCCAAGGACUUGCGGACAAGUACACAUUGGACCAUCGUGUCUUUAUGGGUGGUGAUGUAUGCCACACACAUUCUCCAAAGGCAGGUCAGGGAAUGAACACUGCCUUCCACGAUGCCAUCAAUUUCGCAUGGAAGAUGCACCUUGUCGAAUCAGGCUUCUCCAAUCGGGAUACACUUGAGACGUACGAAGUAGAGCGCCGGUUUACCGCCGAAACACUACUCAACUUCGACAACAAAUAUGCCGCCCUCUUCUCACAACGGCAACCAACAGCAGCUGAAGUUUCCGGUGCUGCGGUAGAACAAAAAACAGAUGAAGCCGAGAAGAAUCCUUUCAUCGAGAUGUUCAAGGCUAACUGCGAAUUCACAUCGGGCUUCGGUGUUGCCUACAACGGCAACGUCUUCAACCACACCAGCGAGCACGCCUUCCAGAAUCCAUUGCUGAUAACAGAUUCGCCAAAACUCCGGGCUGGUCGCAUCUUACCACCAGCAGACGUCACACGUGUUGUUGAUGCCAAUGUUGUGCAUCUAGAAAACGAAAUCCCAUUCAAUGGCGCAUUCCGUUUAUUCAUCUAUGGUGGUCUCGGCGCAUCGCCGAAGAAGGGCCAGCACAAGGCGCUUUCCGACCUUUCUGCUGGUCUCUUGGCACCCGGUUCAUUCUACUCACGCUUCCGCUAUACCAACCGGACAAGAGAUAUCCACCACGACAGUGACAACCCACAUUCUCGGUUCUUCUCCGUUGCACUGACCCUUGCUGCGAAGAGACCGGAGAUCGAGAUCUCUGAGCUUCCCGAGCUGUUCCACGACUACAGCGCUCGUGUCUAUGCCGAUGAUCGACGGGAUAUCAAGGUUCUUGAUGCAAAGGCUUCAGCACAUGCUAAGGUUGGUCUGACGGGUAAUGAGGGUGCUGUUGUUGUGGUACGACCAGAUGGCCACGUCGGCAUUUCCGUUCGGUUGGUCGAGGGCAAAGGCACCGUCGAGGCACUUGAAGGAUACUUCAAGACCUUCACCACUCAAGGGUCACGGACACCAAGUGACAGUGGGCUCGGUGGUGGUGUCGAUCAAGUUCGUGCACAACUGUGA